AUGUUCUCUGCGUCUACUCGCUCUGUGCUUCAGCGCGCUGGUCGUCUCUCGGUUCGCCCGCGCACGUACGCGACUGCUGCCGCCGUGCGCGAACGCGAACGCGUUCGCAUCGUCGAAGUUGGGCCUAGGGAUGGCUUGCAGAAUGAGUCUGCAGUGAUACCCCCUGCGAUCAAGGCGGAGCUCGUGAACCGACUCACGAAAGCUGGGAUGGACAUUAUCGAAUCGGGCAGCUUCGUGAGCCCGAAGUGGGUGCCUCAGAUGGCAGGUACCGCUGAGGUUCUCAAGCUCAUGAACCGACACAAAGGCCUCCACUACCCCGUGCUCGUGCCCAACAUGAAAGGCUUGGAGUUGCUGCUCGAUCUGCUAUCGGAGCAGCCCAGGUCGGACGUACCGUACACGGAUGAAAUCGCGGUCUUCACCGCAGCGACGGACGCGUUUGCGAAGGCCAAUACAAACUGCACGGUAGCGGAGUCUCUCGAACGGCUCUCGGUGGUAGCAAAGCGUGCAACGUUGGAAGGCCUCCGUGUCCGUGGCUAUGUGAGCGUAGUGAUCGACUGCCCAUAUUCUGGCAAAGUCAACCCUACUGCCGUGAAGAGCGUAUCACAGGCGCUGCUCGACAUGGGCUGCUACGAGGUCAGCCUAGGCGAUACAGUCGGAACCGGAAACCCGACGACUGUCGAUCGUCUGCUCCGUACCGUGAUUGAAGGUAGCGGCGGGAUCCCCGGAUCGAAGCUUGCCGGCCACUUCCACGACACAUUUGGGAUGGCUGUCGCGAACAUCUUUACCGCGCUCGACCACGGCGUCCGCACGUUCGAUUCGGCCGUUGGCGGACUCGGUGGGUGCCCUUAUUCCCCAGGCGCUACCGGGAACGUCGCGACCGAAGACGUCUUGUACGCGCUCCGUGGGAGCAAGUACGAGGCGCCCGGCGAUCUCGAUGCUAUAGCGGAGGUAGGGACGUGGAUCUCGAAAACACUCAAGCGACCGAACGCCAGUCGCGUUGGCCGUGCGCUGGAAGCUCGUCGCUCAAGAGAGAAGCUUGAGAAGGAGCGGGAGAAUGACGGAGGUUCUGCGGAGAGUGUCUCUGCGAAGCUCUGA